AUGGUCAGCCCUGUCGGGACCUUCUUCAUAGUCUUGGUUGUGUUGCUGAUCGUAGCCGCGGUCGGCUGGAUCGUCUUCACCCAGCUGCGCGCAAGGCGGUUAGGCCUUCCCGCCCCACCUCUCUCAUCCUACAUCCCCUUUGCGCAUUCCGAACCCUCGUCCUCGUACGGGCCACCGCAACCGGCGCCGAGUGGCAUUCGUACCUGGGUAAGCGACAAAUGGCGCGCGUUGCGCAGCAGUGGCAAUAGGUCCGCGAGCGGCGCGUACGAGCGCCCGUCCCGCCGCGGCUUCGGUCCCCUCGAUCCAGACGAGGCCUGGGACUCACGCGUUGGCCACGAGGCGGACGGGUACUACAAUUAUGGCUACGAAGAACAAGAACUUGGUCUUCGUGGACAGGGACAGCGCCAACAGCAGCAACAUGAGAAUGGCACCGGAUACAGCAACGUGAACCUGGCGGCCGACGAGCGAAGAGGACGUACGUUAAGCCGCGACCAAGGUGCGCCUAUUGGUGGUAACGGAAACGGAAAUCUGGGCGUUGCAGGUGGUCGCAAUCCGUUCGAUGACGACGCGGCGGAGCCUAGCAAUAUCAGCUUGAGGGGCGUGAGUCCCCGGCCAAUCGACACAAAUGUCGCGGCGACCAAGGCGAUUGCGGGGGCUAAGCACGAUAGCCCUACGUCGGAACGAAGAUCGAUAUUUAGGGAGGAAGUAUAA